CAUAACCAGCCACUCUGCCGAUGGAUAUAAGCUCAGGGAGAUCUGCACGCAGCCAUAGCUCGUGCAGCAAAACAAGAAAGCAGCCUCUAAGGAGAACGAAAGCCAAGCCGAGAAGACGAGAGACUCUCUCAGAUCUCUCCUGAUAUGCCGCUAGGCAGGAAAAUUCGGGCCUCAUCUGCUGGAGCCCAACUUGAGACCCAUAACAAGCCCAGCAUUUCAACAGAGUUUGGACCAGUGCAUGGAGCUGCUGGACAGAAGCGGGGCGCAGGGUACAGACAGCAGACAGACAGGGUGCUUCAUUCUAGCGGGUCUGUCUUCAGUUAUUUAGACUCAAGAGAGGAUAGGAGCCAACAGCUUCCCGAUUGGCUGGAGAGGUUUUUGAGGCAAGAACCCAAACGGCACUCUCUUACCCUGGGAGAUGUUGCUAAACUCAGCAUGCGACAACGCUACAGAGCAGAUCCUGCCGGUACCCUCUAUGAGCUCAAGAUUGAGCAGAUGGUGUCCAUUCAUGAUCUAAAGCACAUUAAACUGGCUUAUGAUGAGUUUGCAAAGGCUGGCAUCUAUAUGCUGGAUUAUGAAGAAUUCCAGUCUGUUGUGAAAAAAUGCCCAGGAUUGAAAUCAGUUAAAGAUUCUCAAAUUCAGCAGCUAUUCAUGAAGAUCGAUUACACUGGCGAUGGCAGAAUCGAGUGGCAUGAGUUCUGCACAUACAUCUACCUGGAGAACAAAGAGAAGGAAGAGACUGUGCGUCGCAGUAAGAUGGCAGCCUUCAUAUUACCAGCUAUCGUCAAGCCUCUAAACCGCGGGGAGCCCGUUCUGAGAAUCCACUUCCCUCCUAAUGGCACCGUUGUGACUCUUAGAGAAGAUGGGGUUGUUCGUUUCUGGACCCCUAGGCUUUAUUUGAAGAACAAGAAGAAUGUGUUUCCUGACAGAUCCAUUGGUCGAAAACCAAAAUGGGCUACUGAUUUUGUGCCAAUGCCAGAGUAUAAUAAACUGAUAAUUGGAACAGGAUCCAGAGAGAUUCAGUUUUAUGAGCUUUCCACUUUGGAGCCUUGCUGUCAGUUGAGUGUACUAGAAACUGUGCCUUUAAACCUGGAUUACUGCUCUACUGGCCCAGAUGAAUGUAUCAUUGUAUAUGGUGAUACUCAAGGCUGUGUGAACAUCCUACUAAUGAAAUCGGUCAGGGAGAAACUGAGAUUAUGGAAAAGAUUGCCGCAGGUUGACAACGUGCCAAACAUAAGCAUUGACCAUGCAGUUCAAUCUCCAGAAAUAACAUUUAUCAGAUGGAAAUUCCACCAAGACUGGGUGUCAAAGGUGAAAUAUUUUCAAAGCAUACCUGCUAUUGUAUCCUCAUCAAUGCAUGAAGACUCUGCCCUUGUUAUAGGAAGCAUUCAUCCAUCAACCUACAUGCAAGAGCAGAUGAGAGAGAAGAUAGAAGCGUGCGGAGAGGGAAAAUCUACAAAAGUCACACAGAGGGCAACCAGCAAUCAAACAAUCUUCACCGUUCCUAAAGGAGUCACGACCUUUGACUUCUGUAAGAAUCGAAAUCUUUUGGUCACAGGUGGAAUGGACAAGCUGUUGCGCAUGUGGAUGCCAUACGUCCCUAGAAAACCAACCGGGAUUUUGAAAGGUCACGCAGCCCCUGUUUCCUACCUCUGUAUCGCCUCAGAAGAUGGGCACAUUUUCUCAGUCUCCACAGACAACACCGCUAAGAUAUGGCAUAUUAAGGAUCAGACAUGUCUGUUUACUGCACAUCCAAAAGCAAGUCAGAUCCAGGGAGAAUUAUCUGCAUGCCUCUACUCUUCAGCUGUGAAGGGGCUUUACAUUGCCUCAGAUUCCCUCGCCUUACUAUCCCUUCAGACAAAACCACAGCCUAAAGGCAAUCAGAUUGUGUCCCAUAAAGAGCCAGUGUUGUGCUGCGGAUACAGUGAGGAGUUUAGGCAGGUGGUGAGCUGCUCUGAGGGCUCGGUUGUCAAAGUCUGGGAUGUGGAAACUGGAGCUCAAGUGUUUGAGUAUGGAUGUGCUCACGGAGAAUCUGCAAUUACCUGCAUGGCAUUUGACCCUAGCGGAAGGAGGCUAGUGACCGGUGGAAGAGACGGCUGCCUUAAGAUGUGGAACUUCAACAAUGGCCAGUGUGUGAAGAUACUCAGCAGAGAUGGAAGAUGUGCUGAGAUUUGUGACUGCUCCUAUCUGACACUGCACAGGAACGCAUUUGUGAUUUCUGUCGGUUGGGGCCGCAGGAUUGACAUUUACUUGGACUCCAAAGAGGAAACUCAGUUCAAUCAGAGACCAAAACCUUCCUGGCAGGAUGAUGUGAGGAAUGGGCACAAAGAAGAUAUCCUGUGCAUUGCUCACUGCACACCUCAUCUCCUGGCCACUGGCAGCUACGAUGGAGAGAUCAUUGUAUGGAAUGUGGUGUCUGGACGCAUACAGUGUCGCUUCCAGACCCCUCCGUCUCAACAGAGCAGCGUUCCAAACACAGGUGUGCUGAGCCUCGUUUUCCUAAAGACACGGGCGUUUGUUCCUGAAUUGUCCUCUUCUGCUUGGCUUGUAUCCUCAGGGUCUCAAGGUAAUGUUAAUUUCUGGAGUGUUCUGAACGGCGGGAAGUUCAUCACAUCUUUUCAGGCUUCUCAACUUCAGCAGCAGAUUCUGAAACUGGCUUUAACGCGGGAUGACAGCAUGCUUUUUACAGCCGAUCAUGUCGGCUUUAUCUAUGUUUACAAUGUCAAGCAAUAUGCCCUGGGACCCGAACAAAACCCUCCUGAAAAGGUGAACUUCUGGCGUGCGCAUAUCAGCAGCAUCACUAGCUUGAAGAUAUUUGACAAGGACCAGUUUUUGCUCACCUCCUCAUUGGACUGCUCAGUUCGGCUGUGGAGUAUCCAUGGGGAAUUUAUAGGUACAUUUGGACAAGAAGAAAGUUGGAGCAUCAGCACACCAUCUUCCUGGAAGCACCCUGCUGUUCCCUACGAGAUUCUCAUAGAUCCCUUAAGUAUGCCGUCUCAUCCCAUACUGGAUACAGAAAUCAAUGUGUCAGAUGUCUCGGACUCUGAAAAAACUGAAAACGUAAACAGUGAGUUGGAUGUCCUCAUCGAGGAGACUGACCCUCCAUCAAUCCUCAACGAUAAAGAUAUCGAAGAUGGAACAAACAACUCCUGGUCUCUGUCUGAUCCUGGCAGAAGGCAACGCCAUGCAAUACUAAAACACGGCAAUAGAACGAGUCUCAAGGACUACAACACUUUGAAGGACUCGGACCUUAUAGUUACCCCAACAACAUGUAAAAGACCAGAUCUGUCCCUCAGAAAUAUCGAUUCAUUCGUAUCCAACGAUGCAGAAGAGUAGUCACUUCAAAGUCAAUGAAAGAUGAGGACUAGAAAGAGGCCAAAUAAAUGACAUAAUAGUGAUAUCAGUGGAGAGUUGUUUUUUUCCAUUAGCUAUGACCUCAUGGUUUAAAGACAUGCACUUUCAAUGUUUAUUUUCAUUUUCAGAGUUUAAUUAUUAAUUUAAUUUAUUUUUUCUAAUGUUUAAAAUUGUCUAGUUUACAGUUCUGUCAUCAUUUACUAACCUCAUGUCAUCACACGCAUGAUAAUUGCCAUUUUUGUCUAUACGAUAGACAUCAC